GAACCCCGGAUCCGAGUGGUUCCUGUUCGGAGCGGGGCUCCUAUUUUGCAGCCAUUCGACGCGUGACCCCAAUGGAGAUGCGGCCACAAAUGGAGGUGUUUCAACCACUGAAAACCCUCGUCACUUCGUUAUCCUUUUGUUCGGUGGUGGUGACAGCCUUUUUCCUCGGAGGCUUGAAUCAGGCAAACGUUAGGUUUUGUAUGCUGUCUCAAGCGUCGUCGCUUCAGAGUCAAUGCAUUUUAUGCAACCAGCAGAAGUACAACACAGCCCUGAAUGGCUGCUUAAAGCAGAACUCGCUGCCGGCUAAUAUCUCCCAAGAGGAAGCAUUCUGCAUUAUUGCAGCCUGCAUCGACAGUCCUCGGCAAACUCCGAUAACGCUCGGCAAAAGGAAGAGGCGGGAAGACCCAGACGAGGACGACAACGUGGUGGACGAGCAAGUGGCCCACUUGGUGAUGGAAGACUACGAGCUGGUCGACGACGGCGACAGAAGUCUGUGAAGCAGCCGCGCGCGAUACGCCGUUGAAGCCCACGCGAUGGCGGAUGCAAUCAACCAAUGGGUUCGGUUUCUACGAGGUUGUAGUUCGACGAGCGGCGAUUUUCGAAGGAAGCACCAACUCGUAGGAAAUAAGAGCUCGCGCUAGAACUUCCAUUUUGAGUGGAUUGAUUUCAGGGGUCGAGCUGGGCUUACAGAAUGGCGAAGGUCAGAAGGGAAAGAGAGAAAAUGAAGAGAGAGAGACAGGCAAGGGAUGUGCGGGCAUCGUAUAUUUAAGGUUUUCACCGCUGUUGGCUUAAGAUUCCUGACCACUUGCGUUUAACCGCAGUUGCAAUAUUUUUUUGUUGAUAUCUGUUCAUAAGGGAGCAGGACUUGGCGCUUCUAAAUGAGAAAUGAGAAGAAAAAAAAAACUGCUUGAAUAUUUCCUGAGGAAAGUGAUAUUUCGUUCCUGAAUAAUUGGUUCUUUCCAAUAAGAGUUGAUAUGGGCUCAUAAAAAAGAUGACCAAAUAAAACAUGAAAAGUAACUGCGUAAACAAAGAAUAAACAAAUCAACAAAAUGCAAACUGGUAAGCGUACACACGUGUGGUACACCUAUCUGCACACCUAUUGAUUGCUUGUUC